AGGAAACGCCGGACAAUCCAACUAUGGUUUCGCUAACUCUGUCUGCGAACACAUCUGUGAGUCCAGACGUAGGGAUGGAUUACACGGUUUGGCCAUUCAAUGGGGACCUAUCGGUGAUGUCGGAGUACUGGCCGAUUCAGAUGUCAUGAGUCCUUUGGCUGGGAUUGUGAAACAGAGAAUCAGCUCUUGUUUAGAUAUUUUGGAUAAAUUACUGCAAACACAGCAUUCAGUUGUGUCUUGUAUUGUGAGAGCCAAACGUCAGACUCAAUCGGGAUCUCGUGAGUCACGAAUAGUGGCGCAGAUAUGGCAGGCGUUGGGUAUCGACCCGAAGACAACACCAAAUCACUUAACUUUAGGUGAAAUAGGAAUGGAGUCUAUGUUUGCUGUAGAGCUGCAGCAGGGAUUGGAAAGGGAUUACGACAUCAAAGUGUCGUUAAAUGACAUCAAGAAUGUGACCGUAAAAAUGAUUAAAGACUUUGAGGCGGGAAAGACCAAUGAAUUGAAAAUGCUUACCGAAGAGUUUCGAGACUGUCGCUCAAAGUUAAGCAAAAUUAAGUUUUUAAUACCCACUGAAAGCUAUACGAAAUUAAAUUCAGUGAAAACCGGAAAACCCAUCUAUUUCUUGCCCCCUCUCGAGGGUAUAUUCUCGUCGUUAGAAGCGUUGGCCGCUAUGAUUGACAGACCAGUCAUUGGUCUCAAUUGGACUAAGAAUCUGGAGAAGAUGUCCGUCAAAGAGCUGAGUCUUUAUUAUACGGAUAUUUUGAAGACACUUCACCCAAAGGGUGAUUACGAUAUUUUCGGCCACUUUUAUGGCGCACUCAUUGCUGUGCAAAUGCUAAAGAAGGCACCGGUAGGUAAAGCUGUGAUCAUCGAUAUGUUGUCUGAGAUACGAAUGGAUGACGAGGUGUUGACCGACGAGUAUAUCAUGGAAUUGAUUAUCGCAUUCAUAGCCAAAGACUUGCCGCCAGUAGUGAGAGAUAAGAUCAAAAGGGACUGCAAUUCAAAGCCU